AUGGCCCUUUUAAUAAGUGGGUCUCGCUGCCUAUCCACGACAUGUGGCACCUCUCAAUCUAGUGACAAUCUGAGUCACCAUUCUCGUAGCCUACCCUCCAGCUCUGCACUAGCACAGGGUCACAACAACCAUCAUCACCGUCGUCACCAUCUUGAUCGUGAACAACACCAGCCCCGUUCAUACCACACAUCCACACUUAGCUUAUCUUCAUCUUCAACUUCGAUGUCCUCUGCUACUUCGACAUCCUCUUUCGCCUUCCCACCCAUCUCUACACAAACUACUUCUGCAUUCACUUAUAAUCCUACCACUUGCACUUCAACUACCUGUUUGCCUGGCCUACUUCCAUCCGAGGCCUGUUCUCCGGGCCUGUGCUCUUACUUACCUUCGGCGCCUCCUCGUUACCCAUUUACCACUGUAUCUGCACCACCAAAUUCCCGCCUUGUUACGCCUCCCCCCUCGGGCGUUUCAGGUCGCCAACAGUCACUACCACCUCGACCCGUUCCCGCCAGCAACGCAACUGGCUUUACUAUCGCUGCUACAUCGCUAGUAGCCGGGGCAUCGCUUUCAACUAUUUGUCCGUCUCAGUCAUUGGGUCACCAACAGACUGGACAAUUGAUCGAGCCUAGUCUUAGGCAACAGCAAAUGACGCCACCAUCAAUGGUAUUACAUGUAGAAAAUCAAUCUGCUCAUGAAUCGGCUCUUUUGCCUGACCUAUCGCCCAAUGCGACCCUCAGUCUGGCCCCUACCAAGGGGUUUGCUAACGUUGGUAGGUGUUCACGGCUUGCUUUUUCCCUUAUUAAUUAA